CUCCUAAUAAACAAAAAAAUGUUUAUCAAGUGUCAUUUUAUUUACCAAAAUAUAAUGACAAAGUACGGAAUAACUUUAUACUUAAAGUUAUACCAGAAUCAAGCCGCCUCCCUCUUCUCUCUCCUCUCUCUUUAGGGUUUUAAUUUUCUUGGCGGAGAUUAGAUUAUUUCCGACCCUUUUUCUUUGAUUUAAAUCGCUUAUUUGUUUUGUGCUUUGUUUUGUUUUCUCCGUUUGUGAGAGUCUGUACCGAUUUUUUUUUUUGGAGUUUUUCCCAAUUUUCUGGGAUUUGGAUUCUCAUCUAAGGAUGAGAAGGAUUCGUCGUCAACUUCUAUGAUCAAAACAUCAGAUCGCUCGCGUCAAGUUUGAAUUGGGGGAGUAAUUGGGUUUUUUUUCCUCUCAAAAACCAUAAACAAAAUUUGCAAAUUUGACUUCAUAUCUCUCUCUCUCUCUCUUUCUCUUUGGCUCUCACCUCUCUCAUGGAAUGGCAAAUCCCAAAAUUCCCUGUUACUUCCUAAAAUUAAGGUUCCAGCUUUUUAUAAACUAAACUUUCGAAAAAUUCCCAAUGUACCGCCAAAGAUUGUAUUGUCUGGGAAUUUUGCAGCUCCUGCCUUCACCUCUCCCUUUCAUGGGCAAAUUUUGCCCGGCCAUUUCUGAAUUCCCCAGUUGAGGAGCUUUCAGAAAUGGAAAUUGCUAGGGAGAGUAACAAUCAUUCAACGGCUACUGGAACCUUUGUAGAAGGCGAGGUGCAAGAAGCAUGUGAUGAUACCUGCUGCAUAUGCCUUGAAGAUUUCUGUUAUAGUGAUCCUUCAACGGUAACUGGAUGCAAGCAUGAGUUUCACCUUCAUUGCAUCCUUGAAUGUCAACAGUUGCUGGAAUCCAUGGAGCAAGAGAGGAGUCUUAGAGCUAAUAGAUCGCGAACUCAGACAGAAGUCUAUCAUCCCAGCCUAGAGAAUCUUGAACUGCAUUCACCUACCGAUGCUGGUGAAGUUGAUCUUGAAGAGCAUAUAUAUCAGCACUUGGCUGCUGCAGCUGCCAUGAGAAGUGGACAAUAUGUUUUCCGGAGGGAAGGCCAGAGGAACAGGUCAUCAUCACAGCGACACCAACCAUUCUUUGUUUUCUCAACGCCCAAUGGUCCUCAUGAUGCUUCUGUUUUGACUGCUAUAAAUCUUGUUGGUGGUGGAGGUCACGUGACUUCAGUGUCUCUUGGAAGUGCGUCAGUACUGAGGCGAAGUAGUCCAGAUGCUUCAGUGCCAGUUCCACUCUCUACAUCACUGUCCGACGAGGAUUUUUCUUAUAAGAUUCGCUCUAAUGUUGAACCAGCAAAUCGACAAAGAGUACUAUCAGAACUCAGUAUGUAUCCAAGUACCUUUUGGCCCUUUAACUGAUCUUUGUUCCUUAGAUGUCAUCCUUGAAACAACAGUAGGAAACAAACUAGACCAUUAAACUAGCUAGAUGCAAGAAACUUCCAAACUUAUUUGAAUAAAUUAUUGGUGAGAAUUGUAUAUAAUUGCAAUGAAAGAUGUGAACAUAUAGAGAUUAAAAGGAAAAAAAAAAAAAAUCCCAAAAACAAUGUGUUGCCUUUCUUAUACUUUAGAGUU